UCAGUAUCAGUCCAGAUGAGUGAGAUAUUCAAACUGGCACAUUCCAGACUUGCAACUCUUCUACACAAAGAGGGAACUUUACCAGACGCUGACCUGAUGUACUUCCUCACACAUCGAGAAAUUGGGACUUUACUCAGCUCCCACUCCCCGCACCUUAUAAUCAAAGCUCAGAGGAGAAGAAAAGUUCUGGUCAAGCAGAUGGAAAAAACAUUUGAGAGAAUUAACUUGUGUCGCCCAAUGCCAGUGGUCACCUGCAAUCAGGAGACAAGCCUUGCAACCUUGGAUUGUUUGAAAGGUAUGCCAGUCAGUCAAGGUCAGGUGACUGGACCAGCCCAAGUUGUACAUGAUCUACAGGAUGCCUGGCUGAUUAAGGCUGGGGACAUUCUGGUUGUCAGAUGUACAGAUGUUGGCUGGUCUCCCUACUUCCCCCUCAUUGCAGGACUGGUCACGGAACUGGGUGGUCUGAUAUCACACGGUGCAGUAGUGGCCCGUGAGUAUGGGAUACCAUGUGUGGUGAACGUGGCUGGUGCAACCACAAUCAUUAAGUCUGGUGAACCCCUGAGACUGGAUGGUCGAAUGGGAAUAGUCCAGCGUCUGAUGACAUCAGAGAAUGGGCAGUUGAACCUCUGA